AUCGAGGAUCAUAAAUAUGCAUGCAGUUCCACCAGUGACCGCGUAGCGUCGCUGCUCCGCGGAGCCAACUCCUUAAACCCGGCUACGUCACGUCCUUCUUUCUCUUCCACUACCGCCAUAGUGGCAAAAGGAUUGUGGAGAAAAUGUCGUCCCACAAGACUUUCAGGAUCAAGCGCUUUCUGGCCAAGAAGCAGAAACAGAACCGGCCGAUUCCUCAGUGGAUCAGAAUGAAGACCGGCAACAAGAUCAGGUACAACUCCAAGAGGAGACACUGGAGGAGGACCAAGCUCGGCCUGUAAGCCUGAGGGCCCGUUGGAUCCAAGCGACCCAGGACCUUCAGCUGCCUGGCCUGAGGAUGGAGCUUUACGUCAUCUGGAGCAGCAUUUGUUUUGUACAGAUACUCUGGCUAUGCUCAUGUUUGACAAUAAAAGAUCACAUUUGAAAUGGA